AUGAUUGACAGUGGCGCAGAUAUGAAUGCAGUGGAUGAGGAAGGUGCUACUGCACUACAUUACGCCACGUUGGAUAACUACAACUCGGUCGUGACUGAGCUCCUUCGUAGUGGGGCCAACCCUCUGGCUGGAAGGGAAAUCUCCAUGUCAGCACUAUAUGCUGCUGUUCAGAGACAAAACUCUGAGCUUCUCACGAAGCUCUUGGCAGUCAUAGAGCCUCAGAGCAAGACUCUUCGGGAUUUCAAAAAGAUGAUGAAGAUCUUUGCAGGUUUUGAAGACUAUUCACGUAUCUUAAAGCAGGUCAAAAAUCAUUACUGGCGCAUGCGUUAUCCUGUUCCGGCGAUUAUAUGA